AAUCCAUGUCAACCCCACAGUGCCCUUCUCCUGAACGCCAUGGGAUGGAUAAAUCCCCCUAGAAAGCCCAGUUACAAGCUUGAGCUGAAUUUUCUCUACAACAAAGCAAUUCCUUUGAUUUUUUUUCUUCUUCCCAGUUCCCAGUGACUUUGCACCCAAGGCAGAGGAGCUGCUAUUGCUGGUGAAACAACUGCAGGAUGCAGGGACCCUGGAGCCCCGAAUGGAUGACCUGGUAGGAAGGAUCAGCAGACUGCAGCGAGCUAAGCAGAAUCUGAGCCAGGAGCUGCAUGAUGGGAAGUUGCGCAGCGAGGAACUGCAAGCAGAGCUGGAGGAGCUGAACAAGGAGAAGUCGAACCUGGAGGAAAUCUGCAGCCAGAAGCAAGAGGUCCUGAGGACCCUGCAGCUCCGCUGCCAGGAGACAGAGGCUGAGGCCCAGCGGCAGCAGACGCUGUCCCAGGAGCGGAAGCAGAGCAUCGAGGAGCUGACGGCGAAGAUCCAGGAGGAGAAGCUGAAGCAGCGGAAACAGAGGUACCCCCCGCCCCCCUGCAGCGGACUGAACGUGGGACGGGACCCCCAGCUCUGUAAGCGGGAGUCGCUACUGCUCCAACCCUCCUGCCCCUGGUGCCAUGGAGAUGGCCAGAUGUCGUACACAGCACCCAGCGCUACAGGCAAUGAGCCGGAGUGGGCAGUGUAUUCUGGGAUAUCUAGAUGCUCCCUUCUCUCUGUGAGAUCUACGGCAGCCCGAUCCUCAAAGCUGGAAUUUGAACAGCAGCUGGAUGAGCUGAUGGAGAAGCACAAGAGCCUCCAGGAAUGCCAUAGCAUGAAGAAGCUGGCUGCCGAGAUCUGCAGCAUGGCCGAGAGCAAGGAACGUUUGCUGAGCGAAGACAAGCUGAUCCAAGACAACCUGGCCCAGGUCGAGAAGCAGCUGGACUCCCUACCCCAGGGAGAGGCAGCUCCCAGACAGGAGAGGAUGUUCCUGAAGAGCCAGGAGGCCAGCACUGCCCUGCAGCUGUUCCAACAGGAAAACAAGAGAGCGACCGAGUAUCUGGAGGCAGCUUCGCGCCGCCACUCAGAACUGCAGCAGAAGUUCAAGAAGCUGACGGCUGAGCUGGAAGCCCAGCAGGGAUCCAGGGGUGACUCGGCCAGCAUGGAAACAGAUGCCUAACACCCCGUCCCCCCAGCGAGAGCUAGAACGGCGCCCCCCGAGGAUUGGCCUGGAGUUAAGUCACCUCUGGACGUAUCGGGCUCCUUGUUAUGAAU